CAGAGCCAUGAGCCACCAGAUCCUUCUGCUCCUGACCGUGCUGACCCCAGGCCUGGCUGCCUCCCAAAACCAAGACAAAGUGCCCUGUAAGAUGGUGGACAAGGAGGUCUCGUGCCAGGGCCUGGGCCUGCUCCAGGUCCCCUCGGUACUCCCGCUGGACACUGAGGCCCUCGAUCUCUCUGGGAACCAGCUGCAGAGCGUCCUGACCUCGCCCCUGGGCUCCUACACGGCCCUUCGCCGGCUGGACCUGAACACCAACGAGAUCAACUUCCUCCAGCCAGGGGUCUUCCAGGCCCUGCCCCACCUGGAGCAUCUCAGCCUGGCCCACAACCGCCUGGCGAUGGGCCCGGCGCCCAGUGCCGGCGGGCUGGGCCCCCUGCCGCACAUGGUCUCCCUGGACCUGUCCGGGAACAGCCUGUACAGCGGCCUGGUGGAACGGCUGCUGGGGGAGGCGCCCGGCCUGCGCAGCCUCUCGCUGGCGGAGAACAGCCUGACGCGCCUCACCCGCCACACCUUCCGGGGCGCGCCUGCGCUGGAGCGGCUGGACCUGCACAGCAACGUGCUCAUGGACAUCGAGGACGGCGCAUUCGAGGCCCUGCCCCGCCUGACCCUCCUCAAUCUCUCCAGGAACUCCCUCACCUGCAUCUCAGACUUCAGCCUGCCGCAGCUGCGGGUGCUAGACCUGAGCUGCAACAGCAUCGAAGCCUUCCAGACGGCCCUUGAGCCCCAGGCCGAAUACCAGCUGGCCUGGCUCGACCUGCGGGAGAACAAGCUGCUCCGCUUCCCUGAUCUGGCCGCGCUCCCCAGGCUCGUCUACCUGAACGUGUCCAACAACCUCAUCCGGCUGCCCGCGGGGCCCCUCCAGGGUGCCGAGGGCAUCCACGCACCCUCUGAAGGAUGGUCGGCCCUGCCCCUCCCAAGCCCCAGCAGGAACUCCAGCACCCAACCCCUGUCCCAGCUCUUGACCCUGGAUCUGAGCUACAACGAGAUCGAGCUGGUCCCCGAUGGCUUUCUGGGGCACCUGGCCUCCCUGCGCGUCCUGAACCUCAGCCGAAACUGCCUGCGGGCCUUCAAGGCCCGGCACGCGGGCUCCCUGCCCUGCCUGGUGCUCCUGGACUUAAGCCACAAUGCCCUGGAGGCCCUGGAACUGGGCCCCGGGGCCCUGGGGUCCCUGCGGACGCUGUUCCUGCAGGGCAAUGCCCUGCGGGACCUGCCCCCACACACCUUCUCCAGCCUGGCCAGCCUGCAGAGGCUCAACCUGCAGGGGAACCAGGUCAGCCCCUGCGAGGCGCCCGGCGAGCCUGGCCCCUCCGGUUGUGUGGCCUUCUCUGGCAUCUCCUCCCUUCGCGUCCUCAGCCUGGUGGACAAUAAGCUGGAGAUGCUAGGGGCAGGCGCCUUCCUCCACACCCCGCUGACCGAGCUGGACCUCUCUGCCAACCCCGGGCUGGAUGUGGCCACGGGGGCCCUGGCAGGCCUGGAGUCCUCCUUGGAGGUCCUGGCACUGCAGGGUAAUGGGCUGGCGGUCCUGCAGGUGGACCUGCCCUGCUUCAGCUGCCUUAAGCGGCUCAAUCUGGCGGAGAACCGCCUCAGCCACCUGCCUGCCUGGACGCAGGCCGUGUCCCUGGAGGUGCUGGACCUGCGGAACAACAGCUUCAGCCUCCUGCCGGGCAGUGCCAUGGGCGGCUUGGAGCCCAGCCUCCGGCGCCUCUACCUGCAGGGGAACCCGCUCAGCUGCUGCGGCAACGGCUGGCUGGCGGCCCAGCUGCACCGGGGCCGUGUGGACGUGGACGCCACCCAGGACCUGAUCUGCCGCUUUGGCUCCCAGGAGGAGGUGGCCCUGAGCCACGUGCGUCCCGAGGACUGUGAGAAGGGGGGGCUCAAGAAUGUCAACCUCAUCAUCAUCCUCGCCUUCACCCUGGUCUUUGCCAUCCUCCUCACCACGCUGGCCACCUGUUGCUGUAUCCGCCGGCAGAAGUUUAACCAACAGUAUAAAGCCUAGAGAAGCUGGGAGAUGCUCUCAGGGCAGUGGAAGAAGGGCGGGGACUGGCUCAAGGUCACACAAGGAGCCAGGGUCCAAGAACCCUCGUCUCUACUUCCCAGCGCUCCUGUCUCUGUAUCCUGCUGCACCAGUAGGUGACCACUUCUGGGCUGUCCUUGGGGUCCAGCUGCUGAAGCCGGAAGUUGGCAGUUUCGAGGGCAGCAGAG